ACUGUUACCCUACUUCGGUGACAGGGACCUCGGCUGUUGUGCUCCCACUCGUUGUUUCUGCCGAUUUUCUCGCUUUUGAGCUUCGGGAUCGCGCACUCUUUUCUUUGCCAGGUUCUUGUGCCGUGCAAAGCCUUUUACGAGGCCAGUUUUUUCUAUGAAACUCCAGAGUUGCCGCUGCCGCAAAGCUGCUCGCUGCGGGUUAGCAGCUAGCCGCUGAAUCUUGGCACGAACACGGUGUUUCCAAGUGUGGUGAAUCGUCCUCUCUCUAAGGCUUGUGUUCGGUCCAAUUUUUGUUCGUCCACUUUUGAACUCUCAGACGCGAGGCAGUUCCGUUUUGCCCGGUGCCAACGUAGGCCGGCGUGGUUUCCGCGUCGCAUCUUGCUGGUUCGAGUCUACCAGAGCGACUUGUGUCUCGCACAUUUACGCCACGCCAGAAAAUGUCGGGAGGAAACUCAAACACACCCAAGAAGUUGCCGUCGGAAGAGGGCUCCGACUACGGCUACCCGCAGAAGCCCCAGAAAUACCUGCCGAAGUCAGAGCAGGCGGAACCUGACUACUCGGCUUGCUGCAAAGGCAACGACGCAUACAAGGGCGCUUCCCACGGAACCGUGCAGUUUUCUCACCCAGAGGAAGCUCAAAAGUAUGCCGGUGCCGCAGCAGGCGCCGAAACAAUUCAACGGGGACGGGAGCGAGUGGCUGCUGACAGACAGCCGCGUGCUGCUGGUGACGUACCCGCCCGCAGACUUCACCUGUCCGACGUAGACGAGGCACACAGAGGCCAGUCGCCCUCGAGACAUCCUGGCUAUUGUGUCGAGGAACUCUGCACAUGUGGAAUGCACAAAUGCAUUCCCUCCCGGGCUCCGGUUCCCUUCACGGGUAGCACUCAGUACCGCCAGGAGUUUGUACCGAAGCCGCUGCCGCCACCCACACAAGUGUCGCAGGUGACGCUGCCUCCCUCACUUCCUUUUGAAGCGGAGAGCAGCUACCGCACUGAGUUUGUCGCGAAGCCCCUGCCGCCGCCGGCCAAGUUCUCCGAAGUUAAGCUGCCACCCACUCUCCCCUUUCACGGCGAGUCUGCGUACAGAACGGACUACGUUCCGAAACCUUUGCCCGAAGUCGCCAAGCCUGUGGAAGUGAAGCUUCCCCCGACUUUGCCGUUCAACGCUCAGUCUUGCUACAGGAGCGAGUACGUUGCGAAGCCCCUGCCGCCGCCCGUCCAGACCGUUGAGGUGAAGCUUCCUCCAUCCCUGCCUUUCGAGGGAUCGACCCACUACCGCGACGAAUUCCAGGUCAAACCUCUUCCGCCCGCCACCAAGGUCACCGAAGUUAAGCUUCCGCCUUCCUUGCCCUUCGACGCGACAUCGAUGUACCGUUCGGACUACGUUGCGAAGUCCAACCCCAUCUGCCCAGUGUCGAAACUUCCGCAGUACCCCGCGGCGACUUACCCGCAGAACCACGUUUUCUGGGACCCGGACACGAAACAGUGGUACUAAACCUCGGGCUUGUUAUGUGAGCGAAUAGCAUGCACUGAAUUCGUCUAGAAGCCGCUCUGCCGACUCAGCGAUCCUCCGUGGUGUGUGCUCACUUUCACGUGAUGGAAGGGGAGAGCAUGUCGCUGUUUUUGUGCCGGAGAAAGACUCUUCGAGUGCAGCCAGAACAACCUCUGGUGCUCGGCGCGUU